AUGGUAUUUUCCAACUAUGGCACUGGGACUCAGAAUAACAACACUGGCUCUGGUAAUCAGUACAAUGCAAUCAACUUUUUGGCAGAGAAGAAGUCAAGCAGUUUUCUUGCCGAUCUACGAGUCACCGACCCACGCGAUGACAAGAUCCGAAUCGAAGACACGAAAGGGGGCUUACUUCGUGAUUCAUACAACUGGAUUCUCGAAAACGAAGACUUCUGUCAAUGGCGAGAGGAUACACAGCGUCGCCUACUUUGGAUCAAAGGCGAUCCUGGGAAGGGAAAGACCAUGCUGAUGUGUGGUACUAUUGACGAGCUGAGACAGAGCGGAGAGGAGCCCAUACUUUUCUUCUGUCAAGCCGCCGACGAAAGGCUCAACACGGCGACAUCAGUUCUUCGAGGGCUUCUCUAUGCGUUAUUCUGCCAAUGGCCGUUACUCACAGAAUCCUUUCUCGGUAAAUACGAAAACGCAGGAAAACAAUUGUUUGAAGACGCUAAUGCUUGGAAUAUUUUACGCGGAAUGAUGAUGACCACAACGUUGCACGAAAGCCUCGAAGGCGUCGUCCUCGUCAUAGAUGCUUUGGACGAGUGCACAUCAGGUCUUGAUCAACUCCUUCGCGUUAUCACAAGCCAGCCCGGCGUCUCGGACGAACCCGCCAUGAUAGCCUCAAUCGUCCACGCCCUCCGCGCCGGUUACCGCCUCAUCGACACCGCCCAGAUGUACGGAACCGAGUCCGUCGUAGGCAAAGCCAUCCGCGAAAGCGGCGUCCCCCGCGAGGAAAUCACAGUCGUCACCAAGUUGUGGCACAGCUACCACCACAUGCCAGGCGAAGCACUCAGCAAGUCCUUGGAACGACUGCAGCUGGACUACGUCGACGUUUAUCUCAUGCACUUCCCGUGCGCUACCACGCCGGACAUGAAGCCUCUUGGCAUCGAGGGUUCCCCGACUUUUGUGGAGACAUGGAAGAUGAUGGAAGGUCUUGUUGGUCCCAAGUGCAGGGCUAUUGGUGUGAGCAACUUUACGCAGAAGACGUGGGCGACCCUGCUCGAGAACGCGAGUGUCUUGCCGGCGGUCAACCAGAUUGAGUUACAUGCAUUGAAUCCUUGCUUGAACUUGGUGCCCUACUGUCAAUCCAAGGGUAUUCAUGUCAUGGGUUGCGGGAUAAUGGGAGGCGCAUACGGACCUCCUUUUGACCAGCUUCUGACUAAUAAGAUCUUUGUCAAUUUGGCUAAAGCCAAGGGCUGCUCCGUCGGCGUGAUCCAUCUCUCAUGGGUUGUUCAGCGAGGUAUUACGGCCAUCUUCACCAGCAAGUCGCACUCGCGACUCGAGGAUAACCUUCGACUCGUAACUCUGAACGACGAUGAGAUGAGCAUUAUGAACUCUGCGAAGGACAUCAUUGGCGAGCGCCGAAUGAUUGACAUAUUGCGGGAUAAACCUGAGGGGAAGCUGACCGUCGUCGGCGCAAGUAUGGUUGAGUUGGGAUUUGAGGAUGACGAGGGCAACUUCCUAACCUAA